UCUAUCUAUCUAUCGACUUGUUUUGCCUGGCGGAGUGGUGGUGUGUGCGUGGGCACUGCUGGCAGACAGAGGGCACAGGAGAAGAUGGCUUACCGACUGUUUGAAGGCAAAGAGCAUGCCUCAGCCUAUAAGAAGUACCGGGUUUCUCCCACCAAGGAAGUCUUAAACUUGAUCCUCACUUACCUGGAGAAAAGGGAGAAGCCCUUCCUCCUGGCAGUGGAUGUGGGCUGUGGCUCUGGUCAGGGUACCAUUGGCUUGGCCCCUCAUUUUCAGAAGGUGGUGGGGAUUGACGUGAGCGAGGCACAGUUGGAAGAGGCCAGGAGGGAACCCGGCUUCACCAAUGUCUCUUACAGGGCUGGUCCCGCGGAGCUCCUUCCCUAUGAGGAUGGCUCUGUGGAUCUUGUCACCUCGAUGUCUGCGACCCACUGGUUCGACACAGAGAAGUUUCUGAACGAGGCUGUCAGAAUCCUCAAACCCAGAGGCUGCCUGGCUCUGCUUAACUACACUCAAAGCAUGGAGAUCCAUUACGGUGCCUGCUCUGAGCAGCUAACUGAAAUCUGCAAACAGAUGUUUGAUGGUUUUCUUCCGUACCGCAGUCCGAAGCUGGGGGCUGGAUCUAUCCAUCUGUAUAAAGACCUCUUUGAAGCCAUUCCAUUUCCCGACAAGGAAUGGCGUGAUAAUAUUCGUGUGGCAUUUCCAAUGUCCGUGUCCAGCUUUAUUGGAUUCACCGAGUCCUUUUCCGGGUUCCAAACCUUCCUGAGCAAAGAUCCAGAGGGGGCAAGAGCCCUGUCUCGGGGGACUCAACAGAGUUUAUUGGAGACCAUGGGGGUCACCUCUCCUGAAACUGUGGUGGAUGUGCUGGUGACGUAUUACUGCUUACUGGCAUGUAAACCUGAGAGAGAUGAUCUGAGGUGUUAGUGCUAUAAUCUCUUCACAGCAGGGCUAGAAUACCUGUGUACAGUAUAACUGUGCUCAGAGGCAGCCGGGUGUAGGGGUCUUAACUGGUAACAGUGUGUUUUUGUUUUUUUAAACUCUGUUAUUAAAUGUGAAUGAAUUAUUUUCUUAACCCCUAUUCCUUUCCUUGUAUCUUGUAACGGUCUGUGUGACGCUGUCUGAUAAUUAACAAAUGCGGGCUGACAAUCCUCUGCUGUGAGCUAGUGGUCAAAUAAAGGAAUUCAUGGACCUCAGACUUGAUGACGGAGAGUUUUGUUUCAUGUCAGUUAUUGCAAUGGUGGUGUUCGCAUACCUGUAUUUGCCAAGAGCUAGACUGAGACGACUCGAAUUCAGUCUAUCUGUUUCCCUGCUGAGACUCGAACCCGGUCCAACCAGUGAAGGUGUGUGUGUUCUUUAAAGCAGCAGCACUACCUGGGCAGGCAAUCGGUUCAGACUUGUGGAGUGCACUAUGUUAAUGCCUCCUUGUUUUU